AUGGAUUCUGCAGGUAGAAAAGUCAUUGUAUGCGAUAAUGGUACUGGCUAUAUUAAAUGUGGUUAUUGCACGUCAAAUUUUCCUGACUUUCAUUUUCCAUGUAUGGUUGGUCGACCAUUAAUUCGUUCUCGUGCUAAAGUAAAUAAUAUUGAAGUUCAAGAUAUAAUGGUUGGUGAUGAAGCACAAAAAGUUCGACAAAUGCUUGAAAUAAAUUAUCCUGUUGAAAAUGGUAUUGUUAACAAUUGGGAAGAUAUGAAACAUAUUUAUACUUAUCUAUUUGGUCCAACAAAAAUGAAUAUUAAUCCAAAUGAAGCUAAAAUUUUAUUAACAGAAGCACCACUUAAUCCAGUCAAAAAUCGUGCUAAAAUGUUAGAAGUUAUGCUUGAUCAAUUUCAAUUUCAUGAAUGUUCAUUAGCAUAUCAAGCAAUAUUAACAUUAUAUGCUCAAGGAAUUUUAACUGGUGUCGUUGUUGAUAUUGGUGAUGGUGUAACACAUAUUUGUCCUGUUAUUGAUGGAUUUUGUUUACAAAAUUCAAUUGCACGACUUAAUAUUGCUGGACGUGAUAUAACAAGAUAUUUAAUUCGUUUAUUACUUCUUCGUGGGUAUGUAUUCAAUCAAUCGGCUGAUUUUGAUACUGUUCAACAAAUAAAAGAAAAACUUUGUUAUGUUGCACAUGACGUUGAAGAAGAACGAAAAUUAGCAUUAGAUACAACGGUUUUAGUUGAAACUUAUACAUUACCUGAUGGUCGAGCAAUAAAAUUGUCUGGUGAAAGAUUUGAAGCACCUGAAGUUCUUUUUCGUCCAUCAUUAUUAGGUUUAGAAGUAAAAGGUGUUGCUGAACAAGUAUUUAAAGUAAUUAAUAGUGCACCUAUGGAUGAUCGACGUAAACUUUAUAAACAAAUUGUACUUAGUGGUGGUACAACAAUGUAUCCAGGAUUUGGUACCCGUCUUGAAAAUGAAUUAGAAAAACUUUAUAAAGAACGAAUUCUUAAAGGACAACCAGAUAAAUCAGCAAAAAAUGUUAUUUGUAUUGAAGCACCACCGCGUCGAAAGAAUAUGGUCUUUUUAGGUGGUGCUGUUUAUGCUAAUUUAGUUAAAGAUGCACCAACUCAAUGGAUAUCUCGACGUGAUUAUGAAGAACAAGGUAUUGAACGUUGUGUACAACGAUUGAACAAAAUUUGUCCACGAUAG